ACGGAAACAAGGGGGACAAAUGAGAAAACGCCAUGUGGCAUUGUUCAAAAAAAGCACAACAGUUCGCGCGAGCGCCGAGCGGUCAUUAAAAAAAAAAAAAGAAAAAAAAAAGAAGGGUUGACGUGGCGGACGCGCGGUGCUGACGUGUCCAGGCAAAAUGAACACGUCUGCGCAAGUCGCCACGUGUACGGCGACGGUGCCGAAAUGCCACGUCACGUGGACGCCAAACGGAAAUGCCACGUGGACCCCAAAAUGCAAUGCCACGUGGGCCCUUGCGGACGCUAGCGACAGGGUUGGGAGAGGGUCAAUUCACACUGCUGAACCAUCAAGCUCACGAUCGCGAGGAAUCUUCUGCGAUGUUUCUCGACGAGCGUCUGGUCGGGGUCGUGCGGCAUGCCACGUGUCGAGACGUCGCCUUGUGGCCAUAGAUGAGGCGGAAGAAGUGCGUGUGCGACAGCUGGCACUACCGCCACGUCACCGGCAGCUGACAAGACGCGUGCGCGCGGCUCCUGGAGACAGUGCGGAAGACCAAAAAAACGGAGAUGAGGAGAGCUCGGCCUCAGGAGAUCCAGAUUCUUUGGAAAGUGAGUUGGCUGCGAAGAUUGCAGCUAUGGAAGCCGAGGCCAAAGCGCUUCGUGCCGAGCUGGCGAGGAGAGCGGGUAAGGAAGGUGCUGAUAUUGACCUGGCGAAACUCCAGCCACAACGUCCAGAGAAGCGGAUAGAUGGGACAGGAUAUCGUGAGACACUAAUGUCUGGUCCUGGUCGGCCGUUCACAGGAGAUGCAGCAACACCUUCACCGGAUAAGUGGGGCCUCUCGGAGGCUCAGUUAUUCCUAACGAGAGGAGGUCCUAGCGAAGGGGACGGCUUGGCAGGACCAGCAAUCGAAGAAGGCGCUGAGGGAAUCGUCCAAAGACGUCUGCUUAUUGGUGUCAGCCUAACAGUCACUGCUGUUGCACUUGCCUUUGUCAAGAACCCCUUUGGCAGGACGAAGCCAGCAAAGCCUUUGUUCUUAUAUCUGGCACCGGUUGUGAGCCUUUUUGAGUCCUUGAAGGCGCUGCAAGACUACGGAGAAGAUGCGUCCAAGUUUCAAGUUCAGUUGAAGCGAGUUCUUGGCUCGACUUCGUCUCUAAGAGAAAAUUUGCUGAGCGCUGCAUCGGCAUUGGAAAACGAUGCAGAUUCAGAGGCAGCUACUUCACUUGCAUUUGAAGCCUUAGAUUUCCUCAAUCAGGCAGACUACUCUCAAUAUUUCGACAAUCGUGGCGAGCCUUCGUUAUCACAGCUGCUGGAGUUCUCCAGAUUCAGCUUCCAGAGUGUGACAGAAGCCUCGAACAAGCUGCAGGCGUUCUUAGCAUUGAUGCCUGCUGAAGCUGUUUCUGCUGCAAGGGAUUACCUUCAGAGAGACUUGAGCAGUGCUUAGACCUGCUCACCUUGUUUGCAAUCCCUGUUUGAAAUCCCUGUUCGCAGGGUGCGGAACGGGGAAAAGGGAAAAUAUAUUAAACCACCAGUACUUGGCGGAGCUAUCGGCCGCAGAAAAAAAUAGAGUAGAAACGUUUCUAGUCGGAUGAAUUUGGGUGCUCCUGUAGUGCACCGUACGUUUCCUAAACUUGUGGCUUGUUAACAGGCACAACUUCAGGAAGUAGGGGGGGGUUAAGGAAGAGUAGAUAGAAAGAAGAAAUGAGUUUUGAGUUUCAAAGCUUUCAGCCAACUCUACCUGUUACAAAAUUGAAUUGGAAGAGAUGACACAUCCUUGGGGCAAAAUCAUGGGGCAUUCUCGCACUAUUUCGCGUUUUGUA